UUAUUAUUUUUUCAAAAAAAAAAAGGAAAGAAAGUUUCUGGUUUCUCUCCUCCCUACGAACCGCGCUCUCUCCAAACCCAGGUACUCCUCUCAUCUCCUUCUGCUUGCUGUCUGUAGUUGAAGUUUUUCCUACACAAAUUGAAUUGAUGGAAUAAUCAGGUGGCUAGAAGUGUAAGAAGUUGGUAGAAUAUGAGCAUGAGAUGAGAUGCUUAACAAAGUUUGUAGGCGUUGCUUCUGCACUGUUGCUUCACGGCCAUGGCUUAUUGUCGGCUUGGGAAAUCCUGGUGACAAAUAUAAAGGAACUCGACAUAAUGUGGGCUUUGAGAUGAUUGAUGCAUUUGCUCAAUUGCUACAAAUUCCAAUGGAUAAACUUCAUUCCAAAGCUAUCUUCGGAGAAGGUUUUGUUGGUGAAGCAUCAGUUCUUCUUGCAAAGCCUCAAACUUACAUGAAUUUGAGUGGUGAAUCAGCUGGACCGCUUGCGGCUUACUAUAAGCUACCGCUUAAUCGUGUGAUUGUGCUACACGAUGAUAUGGACUUGCCAUGUGGAGUGCUUCGACUUCAACCCAAAGGAGGUCAUGGAAGCCACAACGGGUAUGGAUAUGUAGGGAGGAAUUUGCAAAAAUUUGUACCACGAAUAAGAUUGUAUUCUUACCUACAAAAAAUGUUGCGCCGGGGUAUUCUUGAGAAAUGCAAAUUGAAGAGUGUCAUCCAUCAUUUUCGAGGAAAUAGAGAAUUUGCUCGGCUAAGAAUUGGUAUUGGGAGGCCUCCAGGUCAAAUGGAUCCCAAAGCUUUCUUGUUGCAGAAAUUCAAUGCAACAGCUCAAAAGCGAAUUGAUACUGCUAUACCCGAGGGAGCUGCUGCACUAAAGUCCAUUUUGUUCAAAGGCUUGACAGAGACUGCAAGAUGCUUCAACCAGGAGCAGAAGUACAAGCACAUAAGAUUGCAAACUAUGCCAACAUAGCAAUCAUAGGCGUCCAUUCUGAUCCAAAGGGGAAGAGUUUCUCAAUCUUCAAGAUUCUGCAUUGAGCAGCAAUUUCUAGUCCUUGAUGUUGGUAACCAUCUUCUUGUUGAUGCUUCUUCCUUGCCAUAUAGAUGAAACCCUCAUGUUCUGGGCAGCCUUAAGUUUAAUGUUGAUGCUUUCUUGAGUUCUGAUUUAAUUAAGCAGGUGUAGAAUGAUUUGUAGGAGAUUCAAAGGCCAAGUUCAUUGAUGGUGUUAGCUAAAGUUGUUCAUAUUGAUUCUAUAAUUCGGGAAGAAGGUUAGGCCACUUUUGGAGGUUGUCUACUUGGCUCAGCUUAUGGUUGGCUAAUUUCAUGUUUGAGUCUGAUUUUAUGGUUUUUAUUUUAACUUUUUUUUUUUUAUUUUAA